UAACAGUAGUUUUUGUACUUCUACUUAAGUACAGAAUAUCUGUACUUUUGAAACUCUGACAAGGACUACCACAUUCACCUGACCUCUAUCCAGUAGAAGAUCUGGGAUAUUAUGUUUCAGUCUAUCUGACGCUGUCAGGCUGCACCUCAGACCAUCCAGGAGCUCAGUGAUGCCUGGGUCCAGAUCUGGGAAAAUCUGGUCGCCCAGGACAUCAUCUGUCCUCUCGUGUUUUCAGGCAUGCAUACAAGCACAAGGGAGCCAGACAAACUACUGAGUACCAUUUUAAGUUGAUGCAAUGAAAUUUUUGCCUUACUUUGAUUUUCAAAGUGCCUUUGAAUUAAAAUUUGUGUAGGUUGAUAAUUUUCAGUUCCAUCAAAUAGUGUGGCGUCCUGUCAUUCAUAUCACAUUACUCAAUCCAUCUGAAUAUAGAUAUCCAGCAUGAUUGUUUUUCCAUUAAGGUCUGAUGUGUUUUCAAAGUGUCCCUUUAAUUUUUUGAACACUGUAAAAGUUAAGACAGAAAUAAACUAAGAAUCAAGAGAAAAAAUUAAUGAGAUAAAUUUAAGGGCAAAAAUGGCAACUUUCAGAGUAAAUACAAAAGCUGACCUAGCUUGCAAAACAGGAUGCUGAUAACAGAGCUAUACUGUUGGCACACUAUAUUUUAGAUUUUAGACAUCUUUUGCUCUCUCUCUCUCCCUCUCUCUCUCUCUCUCAAUUUCUUUCUUUGCGGGCAGUGACGUUUUACCUCACAUAUAUUAACCUGGCAUUUUUCUGCAUUGUAUUCAUCAACAACCAACAAGAGAGCUUCCCUAAAGGUAAAUGAUCUUUGAUAUUUUCCUUUUGUAAGUUUGUAAAAUCAUCACAUAUUUGCUAUGUAGGAAUAGACUGACCCUGGUAUUUACAUAAUACAAUAAGAUAAUUUAUUAAAAUUAAGCAAACAAGCUAAGCUGUUGUAUUUAAGAGAGAGCACUGCUUUGGUGAGUACUGUAAUUGCUUUCUGUCAUAUUAUAACUUGUCUCCCAGACAGUGAUCCUGUGUAUGUUUUUCUAUCUGUUUCUAAUUGUUGUAAAAAAAACCCCCGCUUUGCUGCAUUAAGGUGUAUUCAAACCAAACACGAAGGUCAUUACAGUUCUCCUCAUUACAUAAACAUAAAAAGUCUGUGUAAUUACACCUGACGUGAAAUUGCACUGGGCAACAUGAACAGAGGGGAAUCUGCCUUUGUGGUAAAAUAUUUCAACUUCUGAAAAAGGCUGGUGGUUCAUGAAAAUCAUCAUCUAUGGAUUUAUUUUUACAUAUAUGCUUAUGCACCACUGAUUGAAUAGAUUAAAAUAGCAUAGUUUGAAUGAGCUUAAAUAUUUUGGUUCACAAUAAGUGCUGCUUUUUAAGAUUACUUCAUUUAAAAUCAUUUAAAAGGUUUUAUCAAACCUUUUGUCACCAAAUUUUGUUCUUUUUUUCAUCCUUGUGUCUAGUUGUUACAUAAAUCAAAGGCCAGACAAAAACACUUCCUUAUUUCCCUGCACCUUUUAUUGAUAACUUCAGUAACUUCAUGAGUUACUCUGUUAACAACAAGCAUGUCCCUGUUAUACCCGUUACUUUGUUGUAAAACUUAUUCAUCUUGAGAUACAAUAUCUUAUUUUAAAAAUUGCUUAAAUUGAUUAGUUCACCUCUUAAAUUCACUUUGAAAUUUCUUCACUUCCUUCUUGGCUUAUCACGUGUGAAAUCUAGACCUUAAUCUGCCUUAAUGUCUAAAUCUGUAAGUGAAUUCAUUACUGAUCAUGUUGUUUCAACUCUAGGGUCUAAUAUGGACAGUCUGCAGUUGUGUCAUAACUUCAGCUCUACUCAUGCAGAAAUCUAAAUUAUUAGGAAAAUUAAAGAUUACUUUACAGACAUUCAUACUUACCCUGAUGUCUCUAUUCUUUUCUUUUUGUUUUCUUGAUAUUACAGGUUUCUUGAUAAACAAUAAUAGAGAUGGCCAGAAUCAAUUUCAGUCUAAUCAAUACAACUGCUGCACCUGAUCUAAAUGGUUAUUGGGAUAACUUUUUUCGGUCUCUUACCACCGUGGAUGCUGUUGUUUUCUCCCUGGUCUCUGUCCUCGGUAUGCUCGGGAAUGGAGUGGUUAUCUGGGUGACCGGGUUCAGGAUGAAGAAAACCGUUAACACAGUUUGGUACCUCCACAUUGCUGUGGCCGACUUCAUCUUUGCAGUGUUUCUAGCCCUUAGAGCAACAUCCCUGGCUUUGCAGUUUCACUGGCCCUUUGGCAAUUUCAUGUGCAAGCUGUGCGGCACUCUAAUCUUUCUAAACUUGUUUGCCAGUGUCUACAUUCUGGUGGUGAUCAGUGUGGACAGAUGUGUGUCUGUGGUGUGGCCCGUCUGGGCUCAGAACCACCGAAAUGUACGCAAUGCUACCUAUGUUAGUCUGUGUGUUUGGGUGGUGGCUUUGAUUGUCAACAUUCAACAUUAUUUUUACAUGGACACAAAGAAAGAAAAUGAAAACACAAGUUACUGCUCCAACAGCUAUUUUUUUAAAAAAGCAACACGAACUAUCACUCAGACCGUUGUUAUCACCCACGUCCUACUCGGAUUUGCAGUCCCCUUCACUGUCAUUGUCUCUUGUUAUGCUGUCAUCAUCCAUCGUCUGAGGAGAAACCACAGCCUGGCCAGCCAAUCAAGUCGCCCCUUUAAAGUUAUCACUUCCAUUAUCGUUGCCUUUUUUCUGUGCUUGGCUCCCUAUUACAUCAUUGAUCUUCAGCUGGUGAUAUUUAAGGCACCAAAUACAACACUUCGCUAUGCCAUUCAAAUUGUGUCUGACGUUGCCUCGAAUUUGAUGGUUCUUCACUGCUGCCUGAAUCCACUGCUGUAUGUCUUCUUGAGACAAGAUUUUAAGGCUGAAUUCCGAAAAUCCAUCCUGCAUGUGCUGGAGAGUGCCUUGAAGGAAGAGGAGACACGCUCUCCCAGUGACAUGAAGUCAGUGAACACCAGGCAGAGCAGAGAGAAUUCAGAUUUGAUUACUGAGGUAUAAGGCUGUAUAUGACAUAAAUAAACAUGUUAAAACAUUUCAUUGAAAAAUUUGGGGGACUUUUUACCAGCUGUAAAUAUAACUGCAGGGUAAAUUUUUAUAAGCUUUUAUAAAAAUUAUGUGCUUAUAAAAUAAAUCUAAUGGAAACAGCUAAUUGUUUAAAUUGUGCUGUGAUGGUUUAUUUCUUCACUGUAUUGUUUUUUCUCCCUCUUUGACUCAAAGCUCUACAUUAACCUUGUGCCAUCAUCAUCAUCAUUAUUAUUAUUAUUAUUAUUAUUAUUAUUAUUAUCAUUGUUGUUGUUGUUAAGUGAUUAUAACAAUGUUACUUCCCAGAAGAAGAACCAGUCAGCAAAAUCAAAAUCAGUAUUACUUUUGUUUCCAGUUCACUUUGUGAAACACAAACAAUAUCAGGUAAAUUUAGUUGAAGGACAUGACAGUUCCCACAGAUGCCAUCUUAGCUAAGCAUGGAUUGGGCAAUUAGAAAAUACUGUAAGGAUAAUUCAUUCACUCAGUCUGCCAUUUAUUUCCAUGUAUUAAUAAACAGUGUGUAAUGUUGAUGUCUUAUUGUAAGAUGACUUCUUCUUACCAAUAUCAUGCAAAAAUUAAUAUUUUAUAUUAGAUAUUUGACAUUCCUACAGUUCAGUGUGUUCAUUAUUAUUAUAUAAGAUCAUUAUAUAAUUAUCAUGAUAUUAUGAUGCCAAACACUCACAGAUUCUUAUCCUUCUUCUUUUGCUCUUUAAAAGCUUUUUAACCCCAGGCACGUCAAUAAAUGAUGACAACUGUGAUCAUUCUUGCUCAUGUAAUCACUGUUCCUGUGUUGUUUUACAAAUAAACUCUGAUAUGUAUAUCAGUAGUAUUAACUGAAUACAUCAAACAUUGGAUAAUAAUAAUAAUCAUUUUUAAAAAUAGAUAGUAUAGUAUUAUCUAGGUGAAUAAAUAGGUCAUUAACACUCUGGUGUUAAUGACCUACAUCUUGACAGAGGCCUUUUUUACACCUUAGCUUAGGGUUAGGGUGAUGAGCCCUAUAAUAAUGGGCCAACAGCCUUCUUAAAGGACAAACCCCUAGUGUUUAAAUACCUGGGACUCUCCAAUAUUUGGUUAGAGUUUUAGUUUUUUUUGAGGCGGUUGGAGGGGGGGGGCUUCUCUAACCCAGAUAUUUGCAGCCUUGUUUCCUCUAACAGAGUCAUGCUUACAACUGUAUACCUUUUAAUGCCUCCACUGGUGAAACAUUCUACAUUUAAAACUACUUUACAAUACUUAACCAUGUGAAAUAAAGUAUUAACAAGUGUGUGAUGCUAAAUAUUAAAUAGUUGUGAGAUACAUAACAAUGGGGUAUAUUUGUAUUAAAGAUUAUUAAAUUCCAACACUUGGCCUCAGGGCUGGACUGGGACAAAAAAUGAGCCCGGGCAUUUUGACUAGAGACCAGCCCACCAGGUAUUAUAGGAAAAGCUAUAUUUACCACUCUACACGCUGCGUGGGUGGAGCUCAUUGUGAGCUCCUGCCUCUGGCCUUCACCAUCUGCAAGCAAUCACCUGUGGCUCCUCACCUCGUUUGCUCUCACUACUUAAGGCAGUGACUGAGAGCACCUCGCCGCUGGACUAUUGAGUAACGCUCGUCAGUGCUACGUUAGCCUAAGCCAAUUUUGAGUUCUCUUCAUGAAAAUUCUCCAUGUUAAUUCCUGAUCUCUGUGUACAGAUUCUUCGUGCUCCGUUUGGAAGUUUGGACACCGAAGUACAGCAGUGAGAGUGGCGUGUGUGAGAAAAGGACCUUUCCAAGUGAAUUGUGCUGUUCGUGUGGAGUUGAGCAAGAGAGGACGCUUUCCUGAUUCUUCCCUGUACCCCUGGGAACCUUGGACCCUUUCCCCUUCACCUGUAUAUAGUGCACCGGGAGUGUGUAAAUAAAAUUCAGUUUUCUGUGAUUUCAGUCUGCGCCUGAGUCCUCCCUGUUCCAUUGUGACAGAAUAGUCCAGCCAGCCAUGGACUCAGCAGACUCGGCGUCCUCAGCCCCAGCCUCGGUUACCUUAGAACAGCUAUUGCACCGGCACGAGCAGAUGUUAGUUCGGCUCAUUGGAGAGGUGGCAGCCUUAUCUCAGGCCGUCGCCCAGUGAACCCCACUAGUGGAAAGCUCCCCCGAGGCGAGCCCACCGGAGCGCCCAGCCUCUGCCUCAUCUCCUCAGGUGGAUGAUCGGCUGCGUGUGCACCGGAGCAUGUGGAGGCACACUCUGCGGGAGCCACUGGCAUCAAGGGAUCCUCCCCCGAAUCACGAGGAGCCCGUGAGUACAGCGAGGGCGAGGAAGGGGAGCAGCCGAUGCAGAUAGGACGCUCUCGCCUUUCACCCGUGGAACGUCAGCGCUGGUUUUCCGCUGGUCAAGCCCGUGCGCUCCAGCCCGUUGUGCCCUCCUUCCAGGUCCCCUCCACCCGCCCGGCUUGUGGAUGGUCAGGUGGUGUAUGAUAUCACUCGUAUUAUGGACUCUCGGCGCCGGGGGAGGGGUUUUCAGUACCUGGUGGAUUGGGAGGGCUACGGGCCAGAGGAACAUUCCUGGGUGCCCCGGUCAGCUAUCCUGGCUAAGGAUUUGAUCCGGGAGUUCCAUCGUCGGCAUCCGGAUUCUUCGUGCUCCGUUUGGAAGUUUGGACACCGAAGUACAGCAGUGAGAGUGGCGUGUGUGAGAAAAGGACCUUUCCAAGUGAAUUGUGCUGUUCGUGUGGAGUUGAGCAAGAGAGGACGCUUUCCUGAUUCUUCCCUGUACCCCUGGGAACCUUGGACCCUUUCCCCUUCACCUGUAUAUAGUGCACCGGGAGUGUGUAAAUAAAAUUCAGUUUUCUGUGAUUUCAGUCUGCGCCUGAGUCCUCCCUGUUCCAUUGUGACAUGUACACUGUCUUGUUGGUAUAUGUAUGAUUUCUAUACAUUUUACAUCAGAUGAAAACUUUGGUUGUAA